CCGCCCAGGAACAUUUAUCCAGCCAACUGUCUCAUCCGGGUCUUCUUCCUACUCUGGGUUUACUGUUGACUUUCUUCUGCACUUCUUGGAGCGGCAGCAGCAACACAUGCCUGCCUGCGUCGCGGAGCCGCGGCUGUGAUUCAGAGCGCAGCUGUCUCCAUCACCGGCUCAGCGGGAGGAUGUCCGCCCCGCCGCUCAACAAGUCCCCGCUGUUUUUCCCCCGUUAAUCGUUGAUGGCGGCGGAAUGGAGAUAGCCUUGGUGAGUUUUGAGAACGGCGGCGCUAAGGGGAGCGGCGGCGGCGGAGGAGGCGGCGGCAAUGCCGAAGAGAGCUGCCGGAACGCACUGGAGGUCCCUCAGCCGGGGUUUGUUCAAAGUGGACUGAGAGAGGAGUUCGGUAAGGAGCUGAACACCCGGGGGAGUCCCCAGCAGCAGCAGCAGCAACAGCAGCAGCAGCAGCGCAGCCCCUGGAAGAUCAACGACAUGAACAACACUCUGAGCUGCAGCGAGAACGCCAUGGAUGCGCUUUUACGCGCGGACCACAGUCCCCACCUGUUCGACGAGGACAUGCUGGACAUGGACAUGGACACCGAGAGCAACGAGAGGGUCCUCAUCAACAUCGCGGGGCUUCGAUAUGAAACCCAGCUGGGCACCCUCAACCAAUUCCCGGACACUUUGCUGGGAGACCCGGCCAAGAGGAUCAAGUACUUCGACCCGCUCCGGAACGAGUACUUCUUCGACCGCAACAGACCCAGCUUCGACGGGAUCCUCUACUUCUACCAGUCCGGGGGGAAGAUCCGCAGACCCGUGAACGUCUCCAUCGAUGUGUUUGCGGAUGAGAUCCGGUUCUACCAGCUGGGAGAAGAGGCCAUGGAGAGGUUCCGAGAGGAUGAAGGGUUCAUCAAGGAGGAGGAGAAGCCGCUGCCGCAGAACGAGUUCCAGAAGCAGGUCUGGCUCAUCUUCGAGUACCCGGAGAGCUCCAGCCCGGCGCGGGGCAUUGCCAUCGUGUCCGUGAUCGUUAUCACCAUCUCCAUCAUCACCUUCUGCCUGGAGACGCUGCCGGAGUUCCGGGACGAGCGGGAGCUGGCGGUCAGCAGCCGGCUGGACAACAGCACCGCGCCCCGGCCGUCCCUCACCUUCACCGACCCGUUCUUCAUCAUCGAGACCACCUGCGUCAUCUGGUUCACCUUCGAGCUGAUCGUGCGCUUCUUCGCCUGCCCGAGCAAGUCCGAGUUCUCUAAGACCAUCAUGAACAUCAUCGACAUCAUGUCCAUCAUGCCUUACUUUAUCACGGUGGGCACGGAGCUGGCGGAGCAGCAGGGCCAGGAGCACCAGAACGGCCAGCAGGCCAUGUCGCUGGCCAUCCUGAGGGUCAUCCGCCUGGUCCGGGUCUUCCGGAUCUUCAAACUCUCGCGGCACUCUAAGGGGCUGCAGAUCCUGGGUCAAACCCUCAAAGCCAGCAUGCGGGAGCUGGGUCUGCUCAUCUUCUUCCUCUUCAUCGGGGUCAUCCUCUUCUCCAGCGCCGUGUACUUUGCGGAGGCCGACGAACCCGAGUCCCAUUUCUCCAGCAUCCCGGACGCCUUCUGGUGGGCCGUGGUCACUAUGACGACAGUGGGCUACGGCGACAUGCGGCCGGUGACGGUCGGGGGGAAGAUCGUGGGCUCCCUGUGCGCCAUCGCCGGCGUCCUGACCAUCGCGCUGCCGGUUCCGGUCAUUGUCUCCAACUUCAACUACUUCUACCACCGAGAGACGGACCAGGACCAGUCCAGCCUGAAGGACGAGCCCAGCGGGGGGCCGGAGAGCCCAGAGGUGAAGCGCAAAGGCAGCAGGACGUCGGUGAAGUCUCAGGAUGUGGAGAAGAACGAGUCCGACGGCGCUUCGGUGGAGAAGGCGAACAUUAAAGCCAACAGCAGCAUGGACUUCAAGAAAUCCCUUUACGCGUUUUGUCUAGACACGCGGGAGACGGACCUGUAGCCCCGCCGGGUCCGGGCUCCUUCUGACUCAUGAACUCGGUUCUGACUAAAACUUUCCUCUCACAUCCAUCAGUGCAUGCAUGCAGCAGAGCGGCCCUUUAAACCUGCAGGAAAACAUGAACUCUGCGGGCUGCAGGAUGAAUUAGUGGAAAUGGGACAUCAGGCCUCAGCAGAGGAUAAUCAGGGACAAUCAGGACUCGGGAUAAUUACUGAACAUGCCGGAGGAUUAACCACACUCUGUGUACAUAAUGUAGGAAGAGAGAGGGGGGAAUACUUUAUCACAUCCUACACUUAGUCCUGGUGUUUACAUCAAGCAGAUGUGUAUAUAUUCCCCACGUCAGGCUGGAGCUUUUUGGAUUUGGUGUUAAUUUCUUCUCUUUUUUGGAAAGAUAAAGUCUAUUUUUGAGAUGCAGACACUCAGGUUUUAUGGAAGAGCUGAAAUAAUUUUUUUCUAACGGAGAGUGGACCUCAGCCUUGUUGUUUUUGUCCGAUUUGUUUAAAUUAAAGAACUUUUUAUUUGCGAGGGAGGGAAAACGGACAGAAAACAAAGAACAGGAGCCAAGAAGAGACGACAGAGCAGAAAGGACGUGGAGAAAUCAACUCUGAAACCAGCUCAUUAGCCUCGCUGCACGACUUCACGACGCUGCUGCAGAGCCAAAGUGACGGCUGCAAACGAGCCUCUGGCGAAACGCUUAUCGUCCGAGUCAGAGGAUGGGGGGGGGAGCGGGGUCAAGGUCGCGAAGGCCUGCAUGCAAACUCAGCUGUUUCAGGUGUUGGGAAGCCGUCGCCGUGGCAACAAGGGAUAAGGUGGAAGCAGAAUCAGAAAACGUGUCCUCCUCUGUGAGCUGACAGCCAAAAACAACAAAACAAAGCAAGACGAGCCCUCCAGAGAGUCGAAGCCCUGCCCUCCGACCAUCAGGAGUCAAUCGGACCGCAGGAACAGAACCAUCUGCUGCGCUUCCAGUCAGCAUCAACAUUCCUGUUCUUGGAACUCUGUGCCUUCAACCAAAACUCAUCCUGUGUUUUUGGGUUUUUACUCUUCCCUUGGAGCAGCUUUCGGAUGAUUUUAUUUUUCUUCCUGACGGAUGAAGGAGGGCCUGGGAAUGGAGCUGCUGUCUGUCUGUGGAAACGAAAAAAAAAAAUCAAACACAUCCAGGAUUUUCAUCUUUGGAUCGUUUUAAUGUGUUUCUUUUUUCUACAGAUCGUGUCAGUGAUUUACUUCCUAUUGAAGGAAAUCCCUCGCUGUGCAAUAUAAGUCCAUAUUUCUGUGAAGUUGUCAUGUGGAUGUAGAAGCUGAACAAACAUUUUGGUUUAUUUUUGUAAUAAUGUUUUUCUGAUUUCUAUUUUUCUAAAACAAUGUGAAACAGAUGAAGGGGAAAAAAUAAGAACAUUUUGAAGGAGAACGGGUGUUUGGAUGUUGUUUUUUCUCUGAUACUUCCCCUUCCAAAGCCAUCAGAGACGAUGCAUUCAGGGUCACACAGUCUGGGACGGACACAUCAGCUCGUCUCAACUGGAGCUACUUUUUAGGUGAUGUCUUCUGUAAGUUCAGGCGCGUAAAUCUGAAGUGUUUAGUAUUCUCUACCUUCGUGUGGCCUGUUCUUCUUGCUGUCCUUUUGUACCUACAUAUCAAUCAGGAAAUGGGAAGUCAGAAAAAAGAACAAGUUUGUUCUCCAGAAAAGAUGAAAAACACUGAGUUCUCAAACAGAGUCUAAAGUAAAUGACAAAAAGCUUGAAGUUGAGUUUACACUGCAUUUAUUUUAAUAUUUCUUUUAGGUUUUUAACUAACUCACAAACUAACAAAAAUAUUUAAAGACACCCGUAGAAACUUCUGCCUCCUCAUGUUAUCACUUUCCUGGAACUUCCAUGUUACUUUCAUAAAUCCUGAAGGUCAUUUUCUGGAAGAGGGUGCUUUACAAAAAGUUGAAGGUUACUUUCUUUAAACCCUAGAUCUACAUUUCAAUAAUUAACAUGUUACCUUAUGAUUCUUUAAUUACUUAAGUGUUUUUAAAUUAGAAGAUACUUUUCUUCUCCAGUGCUCUCUAGUAACAUUCAAUUGCAUUUCAUCAAAAUCUACUAUCCUAAAACUUGGAUAGUUGCAAGUUACUUUUCAAUAAUAUGUAAUUUUCUUAAAGGUAACAUGUAAGUUACAGGAAAAUAUCAUGUAAGCAGCAGGUAAACAACAAAUAAAUAGUCUCAUUAAGUACAUUUUGAGUCACUGGAACAUUUACUUAAAGUCCUAGAAAGUUAAGAGGACAUAACGUGAAAUCCUGGCUGUUCCCUUUGAGAUACAGUAAAGUAAUCAACAUUCCCAUGAUAAAUAACCUAAAAAUCCCAUUAA